AUGGCUCGGGAGACUGAAAACCGAGACCCCAUCGGAACCAUCUUAAUCCAGGUCCAUGAUGACCUUCAGCAAUUAAAGGAGAAAUUAGAAAACUUCCCACCUGAAGGAGAAGAGACUCUAAACAUUCAGAAUCUUAAAACAGCAAUCAAAAGGACGGAAAUGGGGUUAAGAAUUCACAUUGAGAAGUAUUUAAAUGUUGUAAACAGUCAAGUGUUUUCGACUUCCAUUAGUGAGAAUAAGUUAUUUUCUCCCCACAAUACCGACUGGUUGCUUCCAACUGUAAUUGAUCAGAAAUUAUUUAUUUUCCCUUUGGAAUCUGAGGAUAAAUUUUGGCCAUCCCGAAGACAGGGCAGUGUAUUUCCACAGGCCUUUCCAAGAACAAAGGCGAGCGUCCAGAAGUUAAUGAAAGGGUCCACGGUCACCAGCCUCACGGUUCUCCCAGCUUCUCAUCGCACGGACCCCUACUUCACCCCGGUGCCAGUCUUACAAAAAGAUGCCAAUAAAGGGAUUUUAAGUAUGAUAGAACGAGGAUUGAUUCCACCAACAGCAAAGAUUACCUUACAGAAUCCACCCGUCGUACCCAGAGCGGCUCCUCUGCAUAAAUUUGGUGAAUCACAUAAGAGUGCAACUGCCGCCCCCUUGCCUGCAACUCAAAAACCAAAGCCGACUCCAAAAGCAGCGAGGAAGACCUCCCCCAAGAAACCAAAAGCAAAGGGGAAAGGCAAAAGACCAUCUAUGGAGAGGAAGAGCUUGAAAAUCACACCACCUUCUAAAGCUCUGAAAUCACCGUGGGAUCACGACUUUUUUAUUUAUGAUGGCGUCAUAGACAGCACAGCCCCGGACUUCGUAGCAUUCAAGUCUCAUUUUAUCUUAUCUUGGGGAAGCAUUUUCUCUCUCUUGGAACACAUCGAGAAGUUACUCAGGGAGUAUGCAAUACCAGAAGUCAAAAUCAAAGGGAACAACUUGAUAGCCCUCCUUCCAGAGUUUGAGCUGAAGAAUAAACUUACCAAAAGUGACCUUCUCUCAGUGGUGGAGAACCCUGUUCCCCUCCAAAAGAUGUUCACUGUUCCCGGGCAGAGAUACAAAGGGCAAGGUGGAACGCUAAAUGCUGCCAGCAAGAUCCAAGCCACGUGGAAAUGCUUCAAAGCAAGAAGAUACUUUCACAUCUUUCGCCAGCAGAAGUGGGCGUCGGGUGUGAUCGCCAUUGCGUGGCUCUUACAUUGCCACCGGACGCGGCUGACGAACAUCCUGAAGGAGACACGUGAAAGACACCUGCAGAACUUCCGCAUUCGAGCCAAGCAUCUGGCAGCCAACUGGAAUCGCAUCAGGACCUCCAGAAGAACUAUUAUCCAUAUCCCAUCAUUAGGUAUAACACUUUUGCCUGCAAAUCUAUCAGCAACCUCUAUUACCCACCACAUUAUGGCUCCUUGA